AUGCUAUCUUUCGAAAAAUGUAUUCCCUACCUUGCUUCUAGCAAGGUGCAGGGGAAAAGGAACUAUAAUUAUUGCAACCGACCGCCCCCAUCGAGGUUGUGUGGACCGGGUCAUGGAAGCGGACGCAUAAUCCAACCACCAGCAGACUGCAGACCUGGGCCCAUUCCACCCAAUCCCUGUGUGCCUCGGUACUAUCAUGGCAAGGAUACUUGGAAGAAAUACAAAUUCUUUGCAUUAGGGAUUUUAAUACCAAUAAUUAUAAUCAAAUCAUUUAAAAAUCUUACCGAUGAACACGAACAUAAAAAAGUAUGCCGCGAUUAUGAAUAUAUGCGUAUUCGAACUAAGAGAUUCCCUUGGGGAGACGGUGUUAAAUCAUUAUUCCACAACCCACACGUGAACCAUCUACCCGGUGAAUGUGAGCCACCACCUCUUGAUUGCGAUUAA